AUGCAGACUUCAACAUCAGACGACCAAUUCCCCAAUCACAAUGAAGCUUCCAACCACGCCCACGCAGCCGGUCUCACCGUGACCGAGCGAAAUGAGCGAUACUUUCUCACGCGAGUCGUACAGGCAGUGUUGAAGCCCCUCAAGCCCCGAUUAAUGAAACCUAAGAAGGGUUCAGAUGAAAAGACGCGAUUGACUGCCACAAAGAGGGCGCGCAGAUACUGCGACGUCACGGAGAAUGAAGUAGAAGGAGUCUGGACUUACGAUAUAACACCGAAGACCUCAACAGAAAGAAAGGAAGGUGCUGGGACAGGUUAUAAGCGACGAAUUCUUUACUUUGGGGGUGGAGGGUGGCAGAUGCCCCCGAGCGAACACCACUGGGCCUUCUGCGCCGAGCUAGUGCGGCGCUUACCUGACACGAGGGUCACGAUAAUCUCAUAUCCCUUGGCGCCGAAGCAUCCGGUCUCAGUAGCCUUCCCUCAGAUUGAGAGGGUCCACAAGAAGCUGUUGAUGGAGUCGACGAGGCUUGGGGAGAGGGUCAUCGUGGCCGGCGACAGUUCAGGCGGCAACAUCGCCCUCUGUGUGGUAACGUGGACGCUAAGGUUCCAAGAGGGAGAGACUGCGAAGCCACCGGUUGCCAUCCUCGCGAUGAGUCCAACUACAGAUCUACGACACCAGAUGGAAGAGAUCAAGAAGGCGGAUAAGGUUGAUCCCAUACAUACCCACGGGUGUAUCCAUGACACGGCGAAGACGUGGUGUCCUGGACCAGUGAGCGAUGGUAGCAGUUCGCACGAGAAGCCAUCGUCUGGUCGAUUGGAUUGGAGCUUUGAGGAUCCUCGCGUGUCCCCUAUUCAGGCUGAUCUCACGUACCUCGUUCGCCACGGGGUCAAGGUUCACGGUUUGACUGGGUCUUACGAUGUGUUAGAGCCUGAAGCUGUAGCAUUCAGAAAUAAGUGCAAAGAGCAUGGUGUGACAGGCGAGUGGCUAUCAUGGCAUGGGCAGAUGCACUGUUUCCCGUUGACAUUUAGGUAUGGGUUGAAAGCGAGUAAGGAGGCGUUGGACUGGAUCGUAGGUGUUUUGGAGAAGUCUUGA